UCAAAAUCAACCCAAAGAAAGGCCAAAAUGAAGCAACUAACUAGAUGGCGGGAUCAUGGGAUAUGACUCAGUCUGAUACCAGUAUGACUUUCCCUUUUCUCUCUCCUGAGGCAUCAUCAGAUUGUUUGCAAAAGGCUGCCUGAUGGACAGAAUUGUACAAUAGACCGGGAUAAUAUUGUUGCAACGCCUUUGUAUUUUUCCACUGCUUCAUUUAGGAGGAGAAAAAAAGGUUAGUGGAGGACCGGAUAAGUGCAGAAUGCAGAUCUGGGAUUCUUCAGAAUUAAUAGGGGGGGAAAGGAAGGUUAAAGGGGGAGGAAGGAAAGGAAAUGCAUCUCAAAGCACUCCAUGCAGCAAAAGUGUCGACAACACGACUAUUCUUGCAAAACGCGGAUGCAGAACCCACAUGUGUUGGCUGGGUCUUUGGAAACACGCUGCCCAUGGGCUUUCCUCUCCCUUUUCCUCUCUCUCAGCCAUUCUGAACACAAGAAGAGUGUUUUGGUCCGAAAGGAAGAGACUCCACCUUCAAAUCAUCUCGGCAGCAGCCACAGAAAUAUGAUUCGGCAUUUCUCUUGCAAGCAAAAACAAGGAAACGUGGCAAGCGAGAGCAGAGCAUCGCAAGGCUGAGAGAGCGCAGAGGAGCAAGAAACAUCCCUGUCUCCCAUCACGGCCGUUCUCUGGACUGCUUUUGUUGUUUGACCCCAUCACCCUCCUCCCUCCGGGACCGUUCAGGAUGCUGGAGCUAGAAGAAUCCCUCCGGACAACACAGGGCUCGGUUUGGAUAGAAAGCACUGGAACGGUGGUGUCCUUUCAUGCGCGUCCUGCAGAGAUCAGCAAAACAUAAGCGCCGCAGGUUACACUAGAGACAUACAUGUCGUUUUCCAUAGUUUCCUCCUGUUUUCAAGUUCAGAGGAGCCAAAUCUGGCAUGGUACGGCUCGCGUCAGAAGGCCAAUCGUUUCCUUGAGUGAAAUGUAGCAUUUAUCAACAACAAGAAUAUAUAUAUGUAAUUCUAACUUGUGUUGUCUACCAAUCAAGUAAUUGAUGUUGACAGCCCAGGAGAUACAAACUAUACACCAAAGAGAGGAUGACAUUCUCCCGCGGAAAAACGAUCCUCUUAUGGGUUAUCUUCUUUGUGCUUUUUUCGCUGGCCCUUUUUGUGUACCUGGACAGGGACGGGACAUUAUUAUGGAUGUACCACAGCAGGCACCUAAAGUUCAUCCCGCUCAAAAACCACACGCCGCAGUGGCUGGCCCUUCCCAACUGGUUUCACUUACGAGAGAACUAUGUGAACAAAGAACCAAAGGGGCUCCUGCUGACCGCCUGGUUUGAUCCACGUGCAGAGCCGGAGAUUCCCACCCUGACUUACUGGUCGGCCCCCAUCAUAUGGGAUAAAACCUUCAAUAAAUCAGUCUUGGAGGACUACUAUAAGAAGCACCACGUCACCGUCGGCCUGACAGUCUUUGCCACUGGGAAGUACCUGGACAAGUACUUGAAGAACUUCUUGAGCUCUGCCAACCUCUUCUUCAUGGCCGGGCAGAACGUGAUCUUCUACAUCAUGGUGGAUGACGUUUCCAAAGUGCCAGUCAUCGAGCUGGGCCCCCGGCGGUCGCUGAAGAUCUUCCCAGUCCAGCGGCAACGACGGUGGCAGGACAUCAGCAUGAUCCGGAUGAAGAUAAUUGGGGACUUGAUUGAGAGCCACAUCCGCCACGAGGUGGACUUCCUCUUCUGCAUGGACGUGGACCAGGUCUUCAAAAGCCCCUAUGGGGUGGAGGCGCUGGACGAGUCGGUGGCUCAGCUCCAUGCCUGGUUUUACAAUAAGGAGAACGCGCUCUUCACCUAUGAGAGGAACCCUGCCUCGGCCGCCUACAUCCCCUACAAGGAAGGGGACUUCUACUACCACGGGGCCGUCUUUGGGGGCACCCCCAUGCGCGUCCUGAACCUCACCCGGGAGUGCUAUGAAGGCAUCCAGAAGGACAAAGCCCAGGGCCUGGAGGCUGUGUGGCAUGACGAAAGCCACUUGAAUAAGUACUACCUGCUCCACAAGCCCACCAAACUCUUAUCCCCGGAGUAUUGCUGGGAUUAUAAAAUUGAACAGAAUGAGGACAUUCAGUCAGUCAAGUUGGCCUGGAUGACCAAAGAAUAUGGAGAGGUCAGGGAUUACAACUGAUGGGCUGACGUUUGUAUUGGAAAGAUGUCUAUCCGGAUUUGUGUCAGGAAUUAUAUAUAAUAAAAAGGGAAGCAUUUCCGGACUUCUCUCGAGAAUAGUAGAACAGAAUCAUAGAAGCGGUGGCUCUUCUUCUAAGGACUAGAUAGGAUGUCUUCCUUGAUGAAUGACAAUGGUUUGGGUUGUUUGCUCUGAGGAAAGGAUAUUGGCUGUGGCACAAAACCAGAUGCCCUUGAUGUUGUCAUAAAUCUGAAUCUCCAGAGAAAUAGCACUGCCAAAAAUGGGAGAGGAUAGAUUAGGCAUGGGCAAACUUUGGCCCUCUCUCUGGGUGUUUUGGACUUCAACUCCCACAAUUCCUGGCCUCAGGCCCCUUCUCCCCCCCUCCCCCCCAGCCGCUUAAGCGUUAUAUCUAUCUAUUGAUUGAGAUAUGAAGGUAGGCCUCCCUUAGAUCUAUGACUCUAUCAUCUAACUUAAGAGGCUGAGGGGGAAAGGGCCUGAGGCCAGGAAUUGUGGGAGCUGAAGUCCACAACAUUGGAGAGAAGGCCAAAGUUUGCCCAUGCCUGGGUUAGUUGCAAGUGUUUCCACCUGUUGGGGGUGCUUUUAGUGUGAUUACAAGACAAAGAAAAUCCUCUAUUUUUAAGGCUGCACAAUGCCUGCACCUGGGUUAGCAUCUAUUUUUGCACAUCUGACAAAUAUGUAUAUUUUAAAUUAAUGCUGAUUUAUUUGUAUAUAAUUUGAAUAGCACAAUAAUCUGCAAUGUGUAGUUUUCUCCCAACACACUUUUGCGAAUCACAGGAUCACAAAUGUGGAUAAAAACCUUUUGUAAAAAAAACAAAAACAA